AUGGCUGCAAAUGGAGGCCACGACGAUCCCUUCAGAGACCCCUCACUCGCUCCCACACCCAGCCAGCCGGCUGUCGGUGCAGCCAGCGCCCCGGACACGCUCGCUGUCGCGCGCGAUGCCUCGCUGACACUAGGCACCGACUCCUUGGUCGUCCUGGACCAAGGGCUGCAGGACACCAAGGGCGCCAGCUGCUGCGGCCUUUCUCUGCCCAGCAGGAGCAAGUCGACGCGCGCGAUCCCCUUGUACAACAUCCUCUGGGCCGAGCACUCGGACAACGGCGACAUCACCAUCCAGUACGCCCACGCCGACUCGCCCAAGGUCGUGCGCCCGGCCAUUGUCAGCUACCAGCUCGACAAGCCGGACAGUCGCCUGGCUGAGGCAUGGAUCGAGAAGCUGCUCGACCGUGCCUACGGCGCAUCGCAGAGGCAGAAGCGCAUCAAGGUGCUGCUGAACCCCUUUGGUGGGCAGGGAGGCGCCGUCAAGAUGUAUCACAAGUCCAUCGCCCCCAUCCUGGCCGCUGCGCGCUGCACGCUGGACGUGGAGAAGACCCAACACCAGGGCCACGGCGUCGAGAUUGCGCAGGGCUUGGACAUUGACGCAUACGACGUGGUGGCAUGCUGCUCCGGCGACGGCAUCCCGCACGAGGUCUGGAACGGCUUGGGCAAGAGGCCAGACGCUGCGAGAGCGUUGGCCAAAGUCGCCGUCGCGCAGCUGCCCUGCGGCACAGGCAACGCGCUGAGCCUGAACUUCAACGGCUCUGACAGCCCCAGCUUGGCUGCGCUUGCCCUGGUCAAAGGGCUGCGGACGCCGCUUGACCUCGCCUCGAUAACACAAGGCGACCGCCGCACCCUCUCGUUCCUCUCGCAGUCCGUCGGCAUCGUCGCGGAAACGGACCUUGCGACCGAGCAUCUGCGCUGGAUGGGGAGCGCGCGCUUCACCUGGGGCUUCCUCGUGCGCCUGAUGACCCAAACCAUAUACCCCGCCGAUAUCGCCGUCAAGGUCGUCCACGACAACAAGGCAGCCGUUCGCGAAGCCUACCGCGCCGAAGCCUCCCAACCGCCGCCUUUGCAUGACGCCCGCCCCGUACCGACAGCAGAGACCGGCCUCCCAGCUCUCCAACACGGCACGAUCAAUGACCCGCUCCCGCCAUCCUGGGAGCUGAUCCCGCACGACAAGCUCGGCAACUUUUACGCCGGAAACAUCGCCUACAUGUCGCCCGACGCAAACUUCUUCCCGGCCUCCCUCCCCUCAGACGGCUGCCUCGACCUCGUGCGCAUCCGCGGCGACAUCCCGCGCAUGACGGCCGUCAAGAUGCUCAUGGCCGUCGAGAACCACACCUUCUUCGACAUGGACGGCGUCGAUUACCAGAAAAUACAAGCCUACCGCAUCAUCCCCAAGCUGCAGGAAGACGGCUACAUCAGCAUCGACGGCGAGAAGGUUCCCUUUGAAGGCUUCCAGGUCGAGGUCCACAGAGGCCUGGGCACGGUGCUGAGCAAGAGCGGACAUUUGUGCGAAGCGCGCGGUGUAUAG